AUGAAAUCGUUUGUUUUGGCUGUCUUUUUGGUGGGAGCUGUUGGUGCCAUUGAGAUGUUUGGGCGCGAUCAAUCAUCAGCGGUGAGUUUUUUCAUAUUUUCUAUUUUACUAAUCCGAUAAUUGACAUUUACAAAAAAUACGAAUUAGUCACACAGAAUAUGUGUAUGUGUUCUAGAGAGAUUAGUGACACAUCAAGUCAUAUGAUAAAAAAUAAAAAAUCUGGAAAAAUAAAAUUCCAGGUUACCGGACGUUUGAUUUGCAACGAUCGUCCAGCGGCUGGUGUCUUGGUGAAAUUGUGGGAUGUUGACAGAACUGAUUCGGAUGAUUUGAUGGAUUCUGGAACUACUGAUGCUAACGGACAAUUCCAUCUUUCUGGAUGGACCAAGGAAUACACCACUAUUGACCCAAAAUUGAACAUCUAUCAUGAUUGCAACGAUGGAAUCAAGGUUUGUAGAGGGAUGUGAUCGUUUUCUGGAGUUUUAUGAGUAGAGCUGAAGCACCUUGAAUUUUGGGAUUUCAGAUUCUUGGUUUUUGAACGGAGCUCAGAGAGUUCAGCGUUGAAAUUACAAAGAUCUAGAUUAAUUGUCAGAUCAAGAAUUUUCAAAUAAAAGUUCUGUAUAUCAUUGAAGUUGAGAAAAUACAAUUUCACUUGAUGAAUCUGAGAUUUUUCAGAAUGUUUCAAAAUCAAUAUGGAAGAUUAAUAAUCAUCCAUGUUCACACGCCCCUAGAAAAAAAAGUCCCUCUGAUUCAACACCCACGCUCCUCACAAACCUUUUUUUCCAGCCAUGCCAACGCAAAUUCGGAAUCAAGAUCCCAGACGCCUAUGUUUCCCACGGCAAAAAUCCAUCAAAAACCUACGAUGCUGGAACCAUCCAACUAGCUGGUGAAUAUCCAGGAGAAUCCAGAGAUUGUAUUCAUUAA